AUGGAAUCUUACGUAGAAGCCAAUGAGAAUAAUGGUAUCGUGAGAAAGAGAAAAAGGACAAAAUCGACAUUAGCAUGCAACCGAUGUAUUGCAAAAAAGAGAAAAUGCGAUGGCGAUUUUGCUAGAGAGGAACACUGUAGAAAUUGCAAAAAUGCUGGCGAAGUAUGUGAAUACAGCACGACUAGGGGCCCGAAUUAUAUCAAGAUUUUGGAAGAAGAAGUGAAUCAAUUGAAAGAGAAAUUAGCGUUCUACGAGAAGAGUACAUCACAAUCGUCUGAUGAUUUGAAACAAAAAGUUGAUUCUGAUCACUCUCAUGGCUUAGUUCAGAGUCCCUUGUUCAUUCCAGUUUUGAAUAACUUACCUUUGGCAGGUCCGUUUAGUUUUAAUUUUGCAACUGUUGUCCAUGGGCAUUUAAUUUAUGGACUCACAAAAGGUGAUGGUGAAGAAGCUGCUUGUUCCAUCUACGCAAGUUCCAGUGAGGAAAGGCAAAAGGUUCUUUCAGACCUUGGUUCUUUGCUUCGUAAUCAUACCUUGAUGGGCGAUUAUUUGGACAACUAUUGUUCGGGUAUUCAUAUACGAUACCCAUUCUUGCUGAAGGGACACUUGAAAAAGCUUCAUGAAACCAGACUAGAGCUUUUCGCAAACGACACAGAGACUAACCUCGAAUCAAUGUCCUUAAAGGAUGCAAUGGAUAGGUUUAUCUUGUUGAUGGUUUAUGCUUUGGGAUCACGAGUUGCAAACGAAGAUGAUGGAAUGGGUCACGAUUUAGUGUUCUACAAAAGUGCACUAUGGCUCAAUUUGUAUCAUGAUAUUCUGACUGGGGACACACACACCAUCCACGCAAUGAUAUUGUUGGUGAUCUUUCAAUUGCGGUUUACAUCAGGAGUUGCCAUAUGGCAUCUCAUAGGCUCUACUUUACGACUCUGUGUCAACUUGGGCCUUCACACCACAAACCUCAAACUUUUCCGAGAAGAUCCUUACGAGUACAACUCACGCUGCAAAACUUUUUGGUCGGCUUACUGCUUGGAAAGAGUAAUCUGUCUCAGUUUUGGCAAGCCCCAUUCCCUCAGUGAUAGAGACAUUAAUGUGCACUUUCCCAUUAACAUCGAUGAAAGUAUUACCGAUCCGACCGCCCUCAAAGCUAAGUUCUAUCAAACUUACCCUCAUUAUAACCAUGAACAAUUUAAGGUACCACCAGACGCCGAUACUGAGGGAAGAUCCUCGGUGUCUCCAGCUAUCAUCCAGUUCAAAUACAGGCAAAUCGAAAGUAAGAUACAGUCCACUAUCUACAGAGCUGAUAUAGGAUUUGACUCUAUUCCCAGGUUUCGAAUAGAGGAGUUGAGGAGACAGGUUUUUCACUGGAAAAACAAUCUACCCAAUUAUUUGAGCCCUAAAGAAUACAACUACUGGUUGUACAUGUUCAACAAACAGAUAAGGUUCUUAAUCCAGCCAUUCUUGAGUUCAUUGGAUGGUAAAGACCCUCUCUUUCUAGAGUGCAUUCAGGCGUGUGUUUCCGUGUGCAAUCUAAUCAAAAAGAUAAACAUAAAAGAAGAAAAAAUUACUUUUGUGAGUCUUCAAACAGUCUUCUUGAGUGGACUCAAUCUCAUUUACGGUCUUAUUUCCAAAAAGUGUACCUGGGACGUGGAUAUUAGCGAGGGCCUACGCAAUUGUACGGCUUUUUUGGUUCGAUUAGCAGAGAGAUCGGCCGGUUGCGAGAGGUAUCGUGAGAUAUUUGAGAGACUCUUGGAUCAAGCCGUAGAGGACCAAAACACCUCUGAACUUGCAAGCAAAGCUAUUCUUGAUAAAUUUCCAGCCCAGUUUUCAGGGUAUAGUUCACUGGAGAUCAAAGCACCACUCAAUUCGAUUCCACCGGUGGAUAUUUUGUUUGGCCAAAAUGAGAAAAAAAUGACAGCAAAAACAGUUUCAACGCCAUUCCAUGAGAGGGAAAAUGAUACACACCCGAAUUCCAAUGACAUAACUGAUUUCAAUCAGCUUUUUGAUUUGGAUGAUCUUUUGCAAAACUUUACGAAUUUGGAUCAAUUUCCCACAGAAUGGGGGAUUGAUUUGUAG